AUGGAGAUUGAGAGUAUUACUUUGCAACUAAGUGAGAAACAAUGGAACAACCCUGGCGAUUCCCAGAAUACAUACGUGGGAAUAUGGUACAAGAAAAUUUCUAUUAGGACCGCUGUAUGGGUUGCCAACAGAGAAAUUCGACUUGUCAAUUCGUCAAGCAUCUUAACAGUAAUCGACCCUGGAAUUCUUGCCCUUGUCAAUGGUACCGACAGUGUCAUUUGGUCUCCCAAUGUGACAGGAUCCACACAGGACCCUGUUGCACAACUUAUGAAGUCAGGAAAUCUUGUUGUGAAAGAUGCGAAUGAUAAUAAUUUGUGGCAAAGCUUUGAUUAUCCAUGUGAUACUCUUUUACCAGGCAUGAAACUUGGAUACCCACAAAACAUUCUGAGUAAUGGUCCUGUUGAGCUAUUUCGAACUGGGCCAUGGAAUGGUCUCAAAUUCGGUGGGAAUCCAAACCUUAAACCAAACUCCAUCUACACAUAUGGAUUGGUUUAUACCAAAGAGGAGGUGUAUUAUGGUUAUGAACUCAUCAGUUCAGUUGUUUCAAGGUUUUCUCUACAUUAUACUGGUGUUAUGCAACGCUUUACAUGGAUUGAUCGAACGCAGGAAUGGGUCCUUUACCUGACUGCACCAAUCGAUAACUGUGAUAAUUAUAAUCUAUGUGGUCCAAAUGGUAAAUGUAAUGUUGAAAACUCGCCAGUAUGUGGCUGUUUGAAUAAAUUUGUGCCCCAAAACCAAAUAGAAUGGGGAAAUGGAGAUUGGUCUAGUGGGUGUGUUCGGAGGACAACAUUGGAUUACCAUAAUGGAGAUGGGUUUCUGAAGUAUUCACAAUAUAAGAUGCCAGACACACAGAACUCCUGGUUUGACAAGAGCAUGACCCUAAGGGAAUGUGAGAUGAUGUGCUUGAAAAACUGCUCUUGUAUGGCUUACGCAAAUUUAGAUAUAACAGGAGGUGGAAGUGGUUACUUGCUUUGGUUUUAG